AUGUCAGUUCCAUUAUUUAAUGUCCCUAAUACAAAACGAGCCACUGGUGGGAAUAAAGUUCUACCUAAUCUCACUAUACCUUUACCUCCAUCUAAUGAGAAUCUACCAUCCACUACUAAUAUACGUCAGCAACAAUUACAACAACUACAACAGCCACAACAACUGUAUACUCAUCAAAAUUCAUAUUCAUCAACUUCAUCAUCAUCCCUAUCUUCACCAAUUCCUAAUAAAUUAGACUUAUCCACUGCUAAUUUAAGACGCAAACCUCCUCCUCUUAUACGUCCUGUGAAUACCAAUUACACCACAACUGACAUUGAUAGUGAUACUCAAAUGACAUCACCAUCACCCCCAGAAAUAUUUGAAACUAAUCCCAAACAACAGCAACAACAACAAAAUCAACAACAAUAUAUUUAUGAUGAAGAAGAAGAUACCCUUACUGUGAAACAUCAUUUAGAACAAUUAACCCCCUAUGAUUGGCAUUUAGUUGCCAAUGCUAAUCAAAUUAUAGAAAUUGGAAAACUUGGUGAAGGUAAUGGAGGUUCAGUAUCUAAAUGUAAAUUAAAUCAAUUACCAAAUAAUCAAAUAUUUGCUCUUAAAUUAAUUAUAACUGAUCCAAAUCCAGAUAUUCAAAAACAAAUAUUUCGUGAAUUAGAAGUAGCAAGAAAAUGUCAACAUCCAAGUAUUGUAAAAUAUUAUGGAACUUUUAUAUUAGAAAAACAAAGUAUGAUUGGAAUUGCUAUGGAAUAUAUGGAUGGUCAAUCACUUGAUUCAAUCUAUAAAGAAGUCCUUAAAAAAGAUCCUAGUAAUCGAAUAAAUGAAAAAGUUUUGGGGAAAAUCGCUAAUUCAAUAUUGGCCGGGUUGGAUUAUUUACAUUUAAGAAAUAUAAUUCAUCGAGAUAUAAAACCAUCAAAUAUUUUAUUAGAUUCUCAAGGAAAUGUCAAACUUUGUGAUUUUGGUGUAAGUGGAGAAGCAGUCAAUUCAUUAGCAUCAACAUUUGUUGGAACCCAAUAUUAUAUGGCACCUGAAAGAAUAACCGGUGGAACAUAUUCUAUAUCAAGUGAUAUAUGGUCCCUUGGAAUGUCAUUGUUGGAAGUUGCCAAUGGGAAAUUCCCCAUAGAUUUAACCUUAUAUGGACCAAUUGAAGUAGUUGAUAUGAUUCUGAAGAGUGAAUUAGAAUUAUGUGAUUUUCCAGAAGAUAAUAUAUAUUGGACUCAAGAAUUUAAACAAUUUAUUGCAAAAUGUUUAAUUAAAGAUCCUCAAAGAAGACCAAUACCUAGAAUUUUGUUAAGAGAAGAUGAAUGGUGUCUUAUACAACUGAAAGAAAUGGUUAGAAUGGAUAAAUUUGUUAAAGUGGUUUGGAGAUUGAAUCAAUAA